CCAAUGGGAAGCACAAAUUUAGUUGGAGUUUAGAAAAACCACGCAACUAGUCAUUUUUACUUAAUUCCUCUUCUCAUCUCUUAACAUCGAGAUUGAUAAAAUAACCUAACCGAAGUCAGUCUUGCAAUAUGGAUUUCAAGAAUCCCAUCAACGAAUACUAUCACUAUAUUCUGUACAUACUUCUUACCAUAGUGUUAUUAUAUAUUCUCUUGUUAACUUCUUCCUCUAAGAGCAACAAUUUUGCUUUAUAUCCAAGUCAACCUACAAAAACGUUUAACAUGAAAAUGUAUGGAGAUGAACUUGAAGAAGCAUUAGUGGGAGCUUCAACGGAAGACAAGAUGGUAAUUAUCGCGAUUGUAAAUAAGGCAUAUGUGGAGGGAGAUAAGCCGAUGUUGGAUAUUUUCUUGGAUGGUUUUUGGCUCGGAGAAGGUACCGAUGAUUUAAUAAAAAACCUUUUGAUCGUUGCGAUGGAUCAAAUAUCAUAUCGAAGAUGCAAAUUCCUCCAUCUUAAUUGUUACAAGCUCGAAACGGACGGUGUGGAUUUCGUUGGGGAGAAAUUAUACAUGUCGAAAGACUUUAUAAAGAUGAUGUGGAGAAGAACCAGGUUCUUAGGAGAUGUUCUAAAGCGUGGUUAUAGCUUCGUCUUCACGGACACUGAUGUGUUAUGGCUAAGAAAUCCAUUCACAAAUUUGAGUCAGAACAAAUCCAUCGAUUUGCAAAUCAGUUCAGAUAAUUUCAAUGGCAAUGAAUGGUCCAAGUCGAAUCCUAUUAACACGGGCUUCUACAUGAUCAGAUCAAACAAUAAAACUAUCGCGUUGUUUGAUAAUUGGUACGCGAAAAAAGACAAUUCCAGUGGAUUAAAAGAUCAGGACGUUCUGCAGAAGCUAAUACGUGGAAGACAAUUUCGAAAUUUAGGCCUUAAAUUGAGGUUCUUGGACACUGUUUAUUUUAGUGGAUUUUGUCAAAAUAGUAAGGAUGUUAAGGCUGUUGUGACUGUUCAUGCUAACUGUUGUAGAAGAAUUAGUGCCAAAAUGGCUGAUUUGACUGCAGUUAUUCAUGAUUGGAAGAGGUUUAGGAGCGCCACCCUAAAUGAGACGUUGAGGUUCCAGUGGACGUCUCAUGAUCAUUGUCGGGAUUCCUGGCGAAAUUAA